AAUGUCACUGUUCACUCUAAUAAAAGUCAAGAUAGAUUGCUUUACGUUUCUUAUGGGCCCAAUAAGUUCAAAUUAAAGUUAUAUAUUUUAGUUGUAAACCCUUAAAUAGUUGUUUAAUCUUUCCUGACCUUAAUCACGGAUGGAUGCACAUAUUUAAAGUGAUCUUUAAAAUUUUCUAUAAUGGCUGAUAGAGAUCUUUCUAUGGGUCCCCGGGAAGGUAUAACCUACCCCAUAAGAGUUCAGUACUGCGGAAAUUGUUCAAUGCCAAUAGAAUACUGUGAAUAUUAUCCUGAAUAUGCUAAAUGCAAACAGUGGCUCGAAAAGCACCUUCCUACAGAAUUCGAGAAAGUGAAAAUAGAGGAAGAGGAAAAUGCGGGCGGUGAAGAAGAGAAGAAGCGACAGAAGCGCGGCGGUAAGGGUAUGCUCAAAUCAAAGAAGAAAGAAGAUGUUCCCAAGCUAGUCCAAGUAUCUCGCGCUCCUCGUGGAAAAAAGAAAUCCGUAACGGUUGUCUCUGGGUUAAAUACAUUUGAUAUUGAUCUGAAAGUUGCUGCAAAAUUCUUUGGAACAAAGUUUGCCUGCGGAUCUUCUGUAACUGGGGAUGAUGAGAUUGUCAUCCAAGGUGAUGUGAAAGAUGAUCUCUUUGAUAUUAUACCAGAAAAAUGGCCUGAGAUUGACGAAGAUAGCAUUGAAGAUUUGGGGGAUCAAAAAAGAUAGUCAAUUGUAAUUUGUGAAAUGAUGUUUGACAAUGCUUUGUUUCUGAGUGAAAACUAAUUUAUUUUUGCUACAAUAUCAAGCCUUUCUUAUGUUGGGUACAUAAAUGUUCUAGUGAUUCUUUUGUUUUAUAUAUUCUUUUACGUAAAUGGAAAUAAUAUGUGGUAUUACAAUAAUACUCCUAUUAUGCCAACUCACUCUUUGAGAAUGAAAUAACAUGAAGUAAAUGGGACUUGGCAAGAAAGCAUUGUUAAUAUUUAUUUGAAACCAUUUAACUAUGAAUAAAAUAUUCAAAUAA